AUGCCGGAAAACGAAAUGGCACAGACGACAGAGCGACAAGGACCCGAAAUGAUGGCAGAUGGAGUCGGAGCGACACCCGAGAACAAAGAUGUGUCCAUCACUGCCGUAAAGGCCGGCAAGGCCGACAAGCCGGAAAGCACCGGGGUUGCGUCUGGACUCGAAACCGCCAACACCAACUCCUACGAUGCGAACCGAAAUCUGUGUUACGGGUCUUCCACGGCGCUUCGGUCGCCUCUGACGCAUCCUAAUGGCGUCCUCAUCUUCCCAGAUUUGUCUGCCGAGCAGCAGGUGUCUGAAUCCUCGGAAGCCACGACACAAGCCGAGAGCUCAAUUGAAGCGGAUAGCGAUGAGUUGGCCUCGAUCUUUGACGAGACGGACCCGUCCGAUGCGGGAUAUGGAAGCGACAGCGCAACGAACGCCAGCACGUCCAUCGAGUCGUCGGUUCGAGACUACAUGUACGAGAACGGGCGGCGGUACCAUCGAUUCCGAGAAGGGCGGUACAACUUCCCCAACGACGAGUUGGAGCAGGAGCGGGAGGACAUGAAGCACGCAAUGGUGAAGCUGCUCUGCAACCAGAAGCUGAACUUUGCGCCGUUGGGCGAAUGCCCGCAGCAAAUUCUGGACAUGGGAACAGGAACAGGAACAUGGGCCAUUGAGAGUAUGCCGCGGAACUCCUCACAAGAAGUGGGUGACCAGUAUCCCAGCGCAACGGUGCUUGGUGUCGACCUCAGUCCGAUACAGCCGGAGUGGGUUCCGCCCAACGUCAAGUUCGAGGUGGACGAUGUUGAAAGCCCGUGGUUGUAUCCGGCGAAUCACUUUGACUACAUCCACUCUCGCCAUACCGUCAUGGCUAUCAAAGACUGGGGGGCCCUCUUCCAGCGCGCAUUCGAGCAUCUCAAGCCCGGUGGCUGGAUCGAACUCCAGGAAAUCCACCAUUUCCCACUGUCGGCAAAUAACGCUGUGUCGGCAGCGCACCCGGUGGCACAAUAUUGGGGCCAUGUGGUGCAAGGGCUUUCGAAUCUUGGCGUCGAUUUAAACGCAGCAGCAGGUGACCGACUGCCGAACAUGAUGCGCGAAGCGGGCUUCAUCAAUGUGACGGAAAGGGUAUUUCAUGUGCCGAUUGGGACAUGGCCGCGGAAUAGAGUGCUUAAGACAGUAGGCAUGUACUGGAGAACCAUCCUCCUCGACGGACUUCAGGCAAUCGCUCUUGGGCCGUUUACGAGGGGGCUGCACUGGUCGGCGGAGCAGACGGAGGUAUUUCUCGUUGCUGUAAGGAGGGCAUACCACGAUACGUCGGCAUUGAUGUAUAUGCCAUUAAAGAUCAUGUACGCACAGAAGCCGAAGAGUGUGCAGUAG